AUGGCUGCCGAUGGUCUCGCUUUUCAAUGUGCUAUCAUCACAGGAGGGGGUGGUGGUAUCGGCCGAGCACUCGCCGAGUAUCUGAUUCUUAAAGGCAAGAAAGUACUUCUUGCUGGGCGCACGGAAUCUAACCUUAAGUCUACGACAAAGGAGAUUGGUGCUGCGGGCUACUAUGUUCUAGAUACGGGCAAGAUCUCCGACAUCCCUGAGUUCAUCAUGAAAAUCACUAGUGAACACCCAGAGCUGGACUGUUUGAUCAACAAUGCUGGAGUCCAGCGCCCGAUUGAUGUGCUCAAACACGGCGACUUUUUACAAAAGGCCGACUACGAAAUCGACGUCAAUAUCAGAGGCCCUAUGCACCUUUCCCUCGCCCUUAUUCCUCAUCUCAGAGAAAAGUCCAGCGCCUGCAUCAUCAACAUCUCAAGUGGCCUUGCUUAUGUUCCAUUAUCUGUUAUUAAUCCCGUUUAUAAUGGCACCAAGGCCUGGCUCCACUUUUGGUCUAUGAAUCUGCGAACGCAGCUUAAGAGCACGAACAUUCGUGUCGUUGAGAUUGCACCACCUAUGGUAGCUACGGAUUUGCAUCGCGAGCGAGAGAAUCCUGACGACAAUAAGAAGGAGUAUGCUCCUCAUACUCUAUCACUGGAGGAAUUCAUGCAAGAGAUCACGCCAAAGUUCGAGAGAGGUGACGAUACUAUCGGGGCGGGACUGGCCUCUCAGGCAGUUGACGCGUGGUUCGAAUUGUUUGGAAAGUAUUAUGAUGAGGCGGCAAGUUCCUACAAGUAG